GUUUUCCAAUGUCGACUUCCCAUUGACGAGCAUUUCAUCCGACCCAACAGCCUUGCUCGGAACCACCAAAAGGUCAAGUUCCGACUUCUGGACUCAACCAAUCUAAAGCAGCUGGCAUCAGCCGAAGUUGAAAUCCACAGACUUAUGAUUCCACAGAACGAAAUAGUCCUAAAGAUGGACUCUAACGCCAGUAAGAAGACGUCGGCUUUAGCUUCUUCCGAUGUCGGUGUAGGAGAUGGCACAUUCAGAACACUUCAUCUCAAUAUGUUGAAUGAGGAUAAGGGAACAAAAGGCUAUCUACCCAUCAGUUACGCAUGGGAAUUGUGUAUUCCGGAGCCACUUGAAGAGAGAGUUAGCCAUCUGCUGGACGCUGCAGAGGCGGCGACGGACCUGGAUAUCAAGGACCUACUGCCGGAACGAGAUCAUCCACCUCCGAAAUUAGAAUUUGAGGACAAGUGUACGCAGUGUGAGCCAGAAGUCCCCACCAAGGUAAGACCAAAGACGCCCUAA